CCGGAAUCGCGAGAACGCCGUCCACCGUGGUCAUGGGAACAUACUGAGGAGCAUCGUCUCCACAAAACCCUCUAAAACCCGAAACCCCGAUGCGUGGAAUUCAUUCUGAACCUCGAUCGAGUUGGUUCGGUCGAAGACGGUGCGAGAUCGGAGGGGCAGGGACAGGAAACAGGAGAGGGAAAAUGAAGGUGCGGGCGGCAGUUCGUCGCCUCUGCGAAUACUGCAAGGUAGUCAAACGGCGGAAUAGAGUUUUCGUGUUGUGUACCGUGAACCCUAAGCAUAAGCAGCGUCAAGGGUUUUGCGAUGCUGCUUACGAUGCUGAACUGCCUCCCUUGCCACUCGAUUUCAUAAGACGGAUCCCGAAGUCUUCGGAUGCUAAACUUUCUGGGACGGUUGUCAGUCGAUUCAAACCUGCAGAGUCUAAUGCGGGCGUUGGGUUAGCAUCGCUAGUGCCUAGUGCAACAAAGACAACGAGUUCCUAAUUUGUUCACAUAACAAGAUGGUUACAACCUAGAUUUUACUGAGAUUCUUGUACCCACUUUCUGUGUUCGAAACAGUUGUUAGACUUGGUAUGGUUCCAUAAAAAAUUUGUGCCUUGUGAGAUACUCACACGUAUUACUCUGCUUCAACAUCAUUCAUCGCUUGUAGUA